AAGUCUUAAGAGCCGGAAGUGGGCUGACGUAGGCCGGAAGGGGAAUCUCUCACAGGCUGUAGUGUUGAUGUUUUCUAGCUGCUGCAGGUUUUGUAGCUAAGGGAAUCGCCGGCGGAAGGAUGGUGUGCGAAAAAUGUGAAAAGAAACUUGGUACUGUUAUCACUCCAGAUACUUGGAAAGAUGGUGCAAGGAACACCACAGAAAGUGGUGGAAGAAAGCUGAAUGAAAAUAAAGCUUUGACUUCAAAAAAAGCAAGAUUCGACCCAUAUGGAAAGAACAAGUUCUCUACUUGCAGAAUUUGUAAAAGUUCUGUGCACCAACCGGGUUCUCAUUACUGCCAGGGCUGUGCCUACAAAAAGGGUAUCUGCGCAAUGUGUGGGAAAAAGGUUUUGGAUACCAAAAACUACAAGCAAACAUCUGUCUAGAUGUGUACAUAGAAUUUCUCGCUUUCUUUAUGAUUUUAUUUUCGGCUUUGAAUUUUCAAAGCAUGACACAGAAGCUUACAAAAUAGCAUGUUGUAAGAUAAAUAAUUAAGUAUAAACCAGGGAAGUUGAUUACAUUCAUUCUUUUGCUCACCAGAAGUUCGAACAGCCAC